AUGAAAAAUCAAGAUCUUCUUGAUGGCUGGCUCAAAACCGGAGAUUUGGGUUAUUAUGAUCAAGAUGGCGAUAUUUUUGUCGACAAGCGAAUAAAUCAAGUCCUCAAAUACCAAAGUGAAGAAGAAAUUUCUUCAAAAGAGUUCGAAGCAGUAUUAUAUGAUCAUAGGGCAGUAUUUGAAGCCUCUGUGACAGAAGAGGAACUGAAACAACACGUGAUCGAAAAAUUGGGUUUCAACAAUCAGCUUCAGCGUGUGAUAUUUCUUUUGCGUUUGCCGCGAUUUACUAAUGGAAAAAUCAAGUUACUUUAUAAUAUAGCGCGUUCUGAUAUGUUCUAG